AUGGAUACCUCAACAUACAUCCGACGCUCGCCAGAAACAACCGAGGCCUGGAUCCUUGGAAGUGGAACGGCAUCCCUAGCGUCAGCAGUCUACCUCAUAAAGAAGGCUCAUUUACGUCCGUCUGCUGUGCACAUCCUCGAUGAACACCUUUCCUUGCGGCAAGCGAUACACCAGCAAGGUAAUACGCACGCCGGAUAUGAUCAAUUUGCUGGGUGUCUCCCUGCGGCUAGUGGAUUGGAGUUGGCAGAGCUUCUCAAUAUGAUUCCAUCCCUCGUGACGGAGGGCCGCUCUUAUCUCGAUGACAUCCAACAGCAAGAACAAACCGCCAUGAGCAGAAAAGGAAACACCUGUUUCAUCGCCCAAAAGAAUGAAGGUUUCGAACACCUACCGACGAAGUCGCUGAAUUUGGGGCUCCACCACAGAAUACAUUUAAUACGUCUUCUUAUGAAAAAGGAGGAGAGCCUACAAGGAAAAGAAAUCCGUAGUUUCUUUCGAGGAAGUUUCUUUCAGAGUACAUUCUGGACAAUCUGGUCAACACAAUUCGGUUUACAGCCCUGGCACAGCGCUAUAGAAUUCAGGCGUGCUAUUAGGCAAUACAUAUCCGGGCUACACAGCUUGAGCAUUUUGAGUUGCCUCGAUCUCACAGGCUAUUAUCAGUACGAGUCAAUACAUCUGCCCUUAUAUCUGUUUCUCCAAAGCCAGGGCGUCGAUUUUCAGUUCGGCAUCAAAUUACGGCAUUUUGAAACCACGGUCGUCCAAGAUCGUCGGUCAAUCAGUCGGCUUGCUAUUUCUCACAACGGGCUUGAUUCCAAAAUUAUUAUAGGACAUAACGACAUCGUCAUUGCUUCGCCGGGCUCGACUGUGUCGGGAUCCGAGAUCGGAACGAACGAUAUGCCGCCAGCUUCUCACUCAAUUGGAGUAGGAGAUCACCUCAACGCAAACUGGGCACUAUGGCUAGAAGCUGGGAACAAAUUCCCGGAUUAUGGCAACCCUUAUACUUUCUGCACACGAAAAUCUGAGUCUAUCUUGGAAUCCUUCACUAUCACAACCGAGCACAUUGAAUUUGUCGAAUUCCUUCAUACCAUAUCACGAUGCACUUCUCUGGUUGGUGCAAUGAUUAUUAUGAACAACAGUAACUGGGGCUUGAGGCUUUGUCUCCCUAUCCAACCCGUGUUUCCUCAGCAGUCUGACGACGUCCGUGUCCUCUGGGGCUUUGCACUCUUUCCCGAAGCGGAAGGACAGCAUGUCAAAAAGAGCAUGCUUGAGUGUUCUGGUGCAGAGAUCAUGUCCGAGAUCCUACAUCAUCUGGAUCCGCCUCCCGAGAUGGCCGCGGAAGUUUUAGAGCAUUCUCUUACCAUACCACGCGCGAUGCCGAGGAUGAGCUCGGCGCUUUUGGCCAGAUCCCUCGAAAGUCGCCCUUCCCCUACCCCGAAAUCAGUCACCAAUCUCGGCCUAGUUGGGCCUUUUGUCGAGUCUCCCUGGCGGAGUUGUGUGGAUACAAGCUACGGUGUGUACGUGGCACAGCUGGCUGUAUCGCAUCUUAUGGGCCUUGAACAUUGGCCCAAGGAGCCUUCGAAGCCGUCAAUCUUGAGGGUUCUGAUGUCUCUGCUAUGGAAAUGA